UGGAUCUACAAUAACACUUGGCAUUUCAGAACAAAGCUCGGAACUGCCAUUUUCACCUAUUCCAGCCGAGGCUAGAAUUCGGAUAGGAAGGAAGAUGGAGCAUGAAACAAAUCUCCCUGGAGAUGCCGAAUAAGCUUCCCGGAUCGCUAACACUAGUGGUGACACGCGCCAGACAAAGGAACUGGCAUUCUAUAAAUGAGGCAGCAGGCAGGGAUCAGCAAUUGGCUGGAUUGUCAGGAGAGAGGAGCGCCUGCAUUUCGGAGCAGUCUGUGAGAGCAAAGUGCUCAGAGGGUCACAGCCUCACUUCUGCCGCAUGCAAACACUUCUGCAGCAUCCGCUUGCACCAUCUUUGGGAUAAGUUGUGCUGCCAGUCUUCAGAAUGACAAGGAAGAUCUUCACCAACAGCAGGGAGAGGUGGAGGCAGCAGAACGUCAACAGUGCAUUCGCUAAACUUAGAAAGCUGAUUCCCACCCACCCGCCAGACAAAAAACUCAGCAAAAAUGAGACCCUCCGUUUGGCCAUGAGGUACAUCAACUUCCUCGUCAAGGUGCUUGGGGAGCAAGGCCUGCAGCAGACAGGGAUGCCUCCGCGAGGAAGGAUACUUGGGCUUUUCCAGCAGAAUCCGAGUUUGGAAAGCAUGGAUGAACUGACUCUCAUGGAAGACUCUGAGGUCCCUUCUCCAAGCACAAGCAGCAACAUCCCAGAGUGCUGGUCGGAAACAUCUUCUCCGUGAUGAGCCACCAAGUUGGGUCGGUCGUCCUGGUGGUAGUCAUGUGAUAGUUCCCCCCUCCCCUUUGUAUAAGUCGUGGGUUGUUUGCCUAUGUACAAUAUUUAUUUAUUUAUUUAUUUGCUUUUUUCCUCAAGUGCAUUUUGUGUAAUUGCCCCCUCCCCCAAAGAUAGUCAUUUUCAGUAAUUAGAAGAAGAAUAUUCCAUUUCUGGAAGAUAAGUAGCAUUCCAAAGAUGCAACUUGCCUCCAUAUCUUUGAUGUCACAGCCAGGUAUCUUUAAUAUGUGUCACAUAUUCUUCAUCACAAGGAUAAAGAAAGUGUGGACUGGAUGCAUUCUCACAGAAGAUACCCAAAGCACCUACAAUCCCCUCCCAUUUGUUUUUCUCUCUCAAGUAUUUCCCCCUGAAAAUGCAUCAACAAAUGUAACUGUUUCACUUGCCUCCUCCACCCUGCACCUACCAAUGCUGAAAAAAUAAGCCAAAUUUGGCCCAAAUUGUAUUUGGAAAUGGCAUUGUGCUGCUUCCAAGUUGACCAAAUGUUGAGGUGUGGCCCAUGGUAGGGAUCACAAAAGUUUAAAUUUGUCUCUGGUCCUCUUUCUUUAUCAGGCUAAGAAGCUUGUGGCUAAGAAGCAAUAUAUUCUGUAUACUCAGGUAUACGUUUAGAAAUUUAGUAAAAACAUUACUCUCCAAAAACUGGGCUCAUUUAUCCACAUGUAGUGUUAUUAUUGUACUUUAACUCUUCUCAAAAAGGAACCAUCUUCUGUGAGUAGAACGGUGAAAGGCAAUCUAUCUCAGGAGAACCUAAAAGAAGCACCAGCAACCUCUACUUUCUCUGCCAUGGUGCCACUUCUAGCCUUUAUGAAUGCCUGGGCAUGGAAAGGGCAGUAGUGGUGGCCGGGGUGACUGAUUCCCUGUGGCACUGGUGAUUUCUCCUUAAAAUAAGCCUCAGCGUAUACAUGGUUCAUAUCAAAAUCUAUAAUUUUGGCCUCAAACCUGCUCUCAAGUUGUACAUUAAUUUGAUUUAUACAUGGGUAUAUAUGAGCCCCAGUGGCGAAGUGCAUUAAAGCACUGAGCUGGAGACCGAAAGGUCCCAGGUUCAAACCCUGGGAGCGGCGUGAGUGGCCGCUGUUAGCUCCAGCUCCUGCCAACCUAGCAGUUUGAAAACAUGCCAAUGUGAGUAGAUCAAUAGGUACUGCUCUGGCGGGAAGGUAACGGCGCUCCAUGCAGUGAUGCCGGCCACAUGACCUUGGAGGUGUCUACGGACAACGCCGGCUCUUCGGCUUAGAAAUGGAGAUGAGCACCAACCCCCAGAGUCGGUCAUGACUGGACUUAACGUCAGGGGAAACCUUUACCUUUACUAUAUAUGAGGCAUGGGCAAACUCCGACCCUCCAAGUCUUUUGGACUUCAACUACCACAAUUCCUAACAGCUGAUAAGCUGGCUGGGAUUUCUGAAAGUUGAAGUCCAAAACACUUGGAGGGCCGAAGUUUGCCCAUGCCUUGUAUAUAUGGUAACCUAUAGUCUCCAAUCAUACAAUUUUUGUGCUGGUCAGACCUUUCAUGUAGACCAGUGGUUCCCAACCUGUGGGUCCCCAGAUGUUUUGACCUUCAAUUCCCAAAAAUUCUAACAACUGGUAAACUGGCUGGGAUUUCUGGGAGUUGUAGGCCAAAAACACCUAGGGACCCACAGGUUGAGAACCACUGAUGUAGAUGAAUGGGUCCAUCUCUCCUGUAAUGUAUGGCAUCUUAAGUGAUCCCUCCUUUUCUGAUACAGAAGAAAAACAUACAUUAGAUCAUCUGCUCUAGAAAAUAUCUAUAGGAGUUAGGUCCUCAUAUCCCAUAUAUGAGGACCCAUGUAGUAAAAGAAAGGGCUGUGUACUUCUUCUAUUAGUAACCAGUCAUGUAUUAAUUGGACCAUGGGAGAAGGAGCCACAGUUUGUGGGUGGGAUGAACAACACAAAUAAAGAACCCUUUUAGGAGGCAGUAGGCAGCAAUGGAAAGUUUAUGUUCUGAAUGUGAGCAUCAGUCUAGAGCAGUCUAGAGCAUUUCUCAGUUCCUCGCGGCCCGGUGGCGAAGUGUGUUAAAGCACUGAGCUGCUGAACUUGCAGACCGAAAGGUCCCAGGUUCAAAUCCCGGGAGCGGAGUGAGCGCCCGCUGUUGCUCCAGCUUCUGCCAACCUAGCAGUUCGAAAACAUGCCAAUGUGAGUAGAUCAAUAGGUACCGCUCCGACGGGAAGGUAACGGCGCUCCAUGCAGUCAUGCCGGCAACAUGACCUUGGAGGUGUCUACGGACAACGCCGGCUCUUCGGCUUAGAAAUAGAGAUGAGCACCAACCCUCAGAGUCAUACAUGACUGGACUUAACGCCAGGGGAAACCUUUACCUUUACCUAAAACAUAGUUUUGAAACUAUUGACCUAAGGCAAGGGUGGGCAAUCUGUGUGCAACUUUCAUGGUCUCCUGCACUGUUUAGAGUUAGUGGAAUUGGUAAUCCAGUAGUAUGGAGGGGCAGAUUUUUACAUUUAAGGCAUUAAAUAUCAGUUGACGUCAGCAAGGGAUUAGCAUUUUAAAUCACUUAUUUCAUAUUUAAAAUAUGAAGGAAUUGAUCUUUGACUCCUCAAUCAGGAGAUUCAAUGUGAAAUAUAAAAAUACGUCUUUCAUAUUAUAUUACCAAUUUUUAAAGGAGCCUCCAGUGGCGCAAUGGGUUAAACCCUUUUGCCGGCAGGACUGCUGACCGAAAGGUCGGCGAUUCGAAUCCGGGGAGUGGGGUGAGCUCCUGUCAGCCAGCUCCAGCUUCCCAUGCAGGGAUAUGAGAGAAGCCUCCCACAGGAUGGUAAAACAUCAAACAUCCGGGUGUCUCCUGGGCAACAUCCUUGCAAACAGCCAAUUCUCUCACACCAGAAGCGACUUGCAAUUUCUCAAGUCACUCCUGACAUGAAAAAAAUGCCCAAUUUUAAAAAAUAUAUAUAUUGUUGACACUAACUCUGUGGCCUGGAUAUUUCCAGAUGUGUUAAUUAUUCAGUGUAUUUCCUUACCCCUCACCUUUCUUUCACCGGCUCCUAUAACUAUUAAAUUAUUAUUACCUGUGAUGUUGACAUUUGAUGUAUACCUCAUGUCAUUGUAAAGCUCUUUGCACCCUGCAAAGCGAUCUAGAGAAUCCUGACGAUAAAUGUGGUUGUAGUCAAGCAUUUUUGUUUCACCUGUCUAUCUGUGUGGGUGUAGAUAUAUAUAUACAUGUAUUUAUUUAUUUGCUCAGCUCUGGGGAAGAAUUUGUAGAUUAAAAGUUAAAAGCUUAUUGGGAGGAACAGCCUGAAUGGCGUCAUAACACCAUGUAUAUAGCUGAGCCUUUUGAAGAAGCUUUCAGCCUCAUUCCAUUGCAACGACACAGAGAUGUCGGACACUGUUAUGGAUACAAUGGGAUGUCCAUAACUUUAAUAUAGCAAAUACAAAUGAGCUACAUCGUAUACAUUUUCCAGGCUUAUACGUUGCUCUGCCAAGAUCCCAGGAAGUCCUCUGAGACUAGAAAUCUCACAAGACAUUGCAUAGGAUCCAGCCCAUGAACUGUGUUAGAUCUUGCUCCAAAGUCCUGCUUUGGCAUCACCAUCGGAAGACUCAAGGUCUACUCUUUCAAGACAGUAAAUAAGUAAUGGCAUCCAAGAAUCUUUUGGUCACCUGAAUGUUGAGAAAUCAUUGAGUCCUAUCAUACACAAGUUUUCGUGAACCUUAGAAGUAAGUCUCGUUGAAUUCACUGGAGUUUAGAUCUUAAAAUGUGUACCUAGGAAGUUAAAAUGGAAUUUUUGGGAAAUGAGCUAUGCCAUGAUUGAAAAAAAAAGUCACUGUAUUGUUAUAGCCAUGUAUAAAUAUGUGAGGGGAAGUCAUAAGGAGGAGGGAGCAGGCAUGUUUUCUGCUGCCCUGGAGACUAGGACAUAGGACAAUGGCUUCAAACCACAAGAAAGGAGAUUCCACCUGAACAUUAGAAAGAACUUCCUCACUGUGAGAGCUGUUCAGCAGUGGAACUCUCUGCCCCAGAGUGUGGCGGAGGCUUCUUCUUUGGAGGCUUUUGAACAGAGACUGGAUGGCCAUCUGUCAGGGGUGUUCUAAAUGUGAUUUUCCUGCUUCUUGGCAGCGGGUUGGACUGGACGGCCAUGAGGUCUCUUCCAUCUCUAUGAUUCCAUGAUUCUAUGAGAGAUGCCACAGUACUUUAGUCAUAUUUUGAUACUGUGAUUAUAAACUUUAUGUAUGAAAACAUUCCAUAAGAUUCUAAUAUCUUCAGUAAAAAAUUACUUAAGAUAUGAAGAAUUUCGAAGUACUUCUAAGCACUUGAUAAAUCUGCCCCUUGUACAACUUCACGAGUAUUUCUUUUUUCAAAAAUUAGGUACUAAAGUCACUACCCAUGUUAGUAUUAGGAUUAUAUGUUUUAUUAUUUGUUUCUUAUGGUUUAAAGCUAUUGCAAAUACACCAAACUGAUAAAAAUUGAUUGACUUUUCAAGCACAAUGCUGUUCUAAUGAAGAAAAAUGGGGCAGGUAUUUACUAUUUGCGUGGAGAAAGUAAUCCUUCAUUUAACAAUAUGUCUAAAAUAUCUUGCUAUAUUUGACAGGAAAAGGGGAAAAAUUAAUUGCAUCGAUUUACUGUUAAUGUACAACUUACAUUUUUAACUAGACUACUCUACCAAAGAUUUAUUUUGUCAGCACUUUUUUAUGUUUGUGAUUCCUCUCUAUAGCUAUGAACAAAUACUGUGUAACUGAUAUCUUUUCCUGUACACGAUAGUAUUUAAUGCUUAAUAUAUUAAGAAAUAAAUUAUUUAAAAAAACAA